AGGAUCAAGCUUCAAGAGGUCAUGACAGUCAUGGUGGACCUAGUUAUGAUGGAUCAAGAGGCUGUAGUGAUCGUGGUGGAUCAAGAGCUCAUAACGGUCAUAGAGGUCGUGGUGAUCAUGAUGGAUCAAGAGGUCAUGGUGCUCUCCUAUGGGAUCGUAUUCUUGUCUUUACAUGGGAUAUAGAAACACAACCAUGA